ACGAGUCAUGUGGUGUUUAUGUUACCAGAUCUCUCUGAGUGAGGGUCAGGAGGCAUCAGUGGUGCAAAAUGCCUGUUAAAACAGAGAUGGCCUCGUUGGACCCGCCGCCUCCAGCCAAUUCUGGCCAGCCGGGGGUGACGCGUAGCCUGCUGUACAAUGGUUCCAGGUUCCAGGGCCAUCAGAAGUCUAAAGGCCAGUCAUACGACGUGGAGGUGGUCCUUCAGCAUGUGGAUGAAGCUAAUUCAUACCUGUGCGGAUAUCUCAAAAUUAAAGGCCUAACUGAAGAAUACCCAACUUUAACUACUUUCUUCGAUGGUGAAAUUAUUAGUGAAAAAUUUCCGUUCCUUACUCGAAAAUGGGAUGCAGAUGAAGAAGUCGACAAGAAACAUUGGGGAAAAUUUCCACCCUUCUAUCAGUAUACGAAAACCUUCAAUUCCGAUACAUUUGACUACAGCGUUUUGAAGGACUCUGAACAUGUAUUUAUGCGAUGGAAGGAACAUUUUCUAGUUCCCGACCAUACCGUUAAGGACAUAAAUGGAGCUUCUUUUGCGGGAUUCUAUUAUAUCUGCUUCCAGAAAAGUGCAGCAACGAUUGACGGAUAUUAUUACCACAGAACUUCAGAGUGGUACCAGUCCCUGAACCUGACGCACGUACCCGAGCAUAGUGUCCAAAUUUAUGAGUUUAGAUAAAGGGGCUUAACUGGGUAUUGCUACUCUCAAGGCUUAGUGUGCAUAUGUGAUUUAUAUUUUAUUCGUUCCUUCUUAAAGUUUUAUUGGAAUGUUGCUAAAUCAUUUUAUUAAGAGCUAGACAGCUCUUGUAUGUAUAACUCAGCCCAUGUUGUGUCAUUAGCAAAGAAAAAUAGUACCUGCAUUUGUUUUUAAUACAAGAAAGUCCGUAUUUUGAGAUUAUUUUUGUGUGCUCUGCAAAAGCUAAAUAUAUUUUUUUUGGUAUGCCUGGUAUAUAAUUUUUCACAUUGUCAAUAUAACAGAUUUUCAUUGUAUAUUUUAUUAGCUGAUAGUAUCUUUUUAACUUUUUUUUGUAUUAUUAUUAUCAGGGAUUAGUGUUAGAAACAAAUGCUCAUUACGGAGCCGUUUUUCUUUAUAAUGACCGGCAUUUCUUUAGUACUGUUUAUGCCAUUAUAAAUAUAUAAAUAUAUAUAAAUAUAUAUAUAUUUUCAUUACUUCAAUUGUAAGGUUGAUUAGAGGUAGACAUCUCUAACAGCCCGACUACUUGUCAUGGGGCUAUGAUGAUACGAACUGUUGAGAAGAGCCAUUGGGAUAAUGUUAAAUCUUGCUAGUACAGUACAGCAUUAAUAUCUUUUUUUAGUCCACUUGCAUAAAGACUUCAAUUGCAAUUUUGUAAAACUGUUAAUUUGGCAAGAAUUAAAUAUUAUUUAUUGUUAAUUUGAAAUUGGGCGUAAUGAUUAGCCAAGCUCACUUUAGGGCACGUAGGGCAAUAAAAUUUGUUCCAAUUGAAUUUUAGCAACAGUGUAGGAUGGGAUGUAAGGCUCACAGUUUGUGGCUAUGGACAAAGUUUUUUGUCAAGAGCCCUUUUAGGCAUUUAAAGGGCAUUUGAGCCCUUUAGCCCUUUAGGCACCCAUAGUCAUUCUCAGUAAAGUAUCAGGGACUUGUAAGAGAAAUAGGCAUCCUGUAUUUAAUUUGGAAGAGCCGAUGCAUAACAAUAUGAUAGGCGGUUUAUUUCAUCAGUUUUGACUUCUAAGCACUGGUGGAUUAUUGGUUUAUUUCAUCAGUUUUGACUUCUAAACACUGGUGGAUUAUUGAAAAACACUUUGAAAUAUUAUAUGUUAUGAAAGUCUAGGUAAUUUGGGGGGUGAUUAUGGUAGCAAGGUUCAUUUCUCAGCAGUAUGUUCUAUAUUUUAAAUUAGUGGUCUUCUCUAUGUUCUGUGUCAUAAUAAGAAUGUUGUAUUAUUAUUUUUGUUAAGAUGUCUUUCUAAAACCAUCUCCUGCCAUGUCAUGAUUUUCUUCAACUGAUCAAGCCAUUAGUAAGUCUUCUAGUUUCCUUUAGAUAACCGAGUCCUGUUCUAAUUUGCAUACCCUUAAUAUUUGGAGGAUUAUUGGUCACUGUUUAUGUCAAGUGAAGAUUAUUGCUGGUCAAUGCUUAAGUAUUAUGUCAGAUAAAGAUUAUAUUUUCUUAUACCCUUGAUAUUUUGUUUUAUAUAAAAUUGUUACUUUUUUUUUAUAUAUAUACAGUAUAUAUAACUUGCGCUGUGGUGUUCAUCGUUCUUUCUGAAGACGGAAGAGAUGAAAUACUGUACCAAAGGAUUGGAAAGUUGCCGGUUGUGUUUAUUUCAUGUUUUAAUGAAGACAAAACUACUUUGCUAUCCUUUGUGACAGCAAGUUAUUGUGCAGAGCUUGUUGUAUUCUUGCAUGUUCAUACGACUCAACGUAACAAAGUUCAAUUAGAAAUCGAUUGCUUAGUCAUUGGUGAUUUUUGCCCAUAUGAUAUUUGUUGUAUUUAGUAGUUAAUACAUGUAGUCUCUGCUACAAAAACAUUUGGUGAAAGUGGAGCGUACAGCAGUACUUUCCGGCUACCAAAGUAUUGUACAGUAAAACUUAUUACUAAAGAUGAAACCGGUGGUUGAUUUUGGUUAUAUUAUUAGUGGUAUGCUUGUAUGCGUGAAUCAUUGUGUAAAACCAGUUUUGGUAGUGGAAUUUGUUUUUCAAACAGAGAGCAUACUACACAAAGUGCAUAUAAUAAGAUGGAUCGGCAGGAAGGAUUGGACGAAAUAUACAAACACUACUUACAAUCCAUUUAUUUAUUUUAUAACGCGAAGCUCCAAAUAAUUUUGCGUGGUUUUGUAGCAUGAGUUUGUUAGAUGAGCAUUGGUAAGAUUCUUUUAGGAAUUGCAAAAAUGUGUGUAUAUAAAAUAUAAGCCAAGUGAGGCACAUCAACAAAACAAAUGCUGUAUGGCAAGGGAUAUUUUGUCAAACUCUUUAGCAGAUAGUUGCCACUGAUCCCCAACCCAAACAUUUCUGCUCAGUUUUAAAGCAAUUUGUCCCUAAUCCUAAUAUGGAGUAAAUUUAUUAUUUCUUCAAGCAGAUGUUCACCACUUCGUCACUUCUUAUUUUUUUUAAUACAAUAAUAGAACAUUUUAAUCCAUUUAUAUACAGUAUGUGUUGGUCACAUGUAUAACUUAAUAUGUCAUACUUUUGAGUUAUUCAAAAAAAGUUAUCUGCAUACACUUGCUCUCUGGCAUGUACUCACUUGUUCACUGCUACGUGAGCACUUGCACAUGAGCACUCGCUCACUGUCAAGUGAGCACAUGUUCGCUGUCACAUGAGCAGUCGCUCGCUGUCAAGUGAGCAGUCGCUCGCUGGCACGUGAGCAGUCGCUCGCUGGCACGUGAGCAGUCGCUCGCUGGCACAUACACAUUUGUUCACAUCCCCAUGCAUACUUGUUCAGCAGGAUCAGGCACAUCAUGUUGUAACAUGUCAAAGUAGAUGAUACAAAUACUAUAGUCUACACAGCAUAUCCUAAGAAAAUACAUAUUGAUAAAAUAGGAGGAGUUCAGAGACAUGCUACUAAAUGGCCUCCGAGCCCCGAAACAGAACCACGAUGAGAGGCUGGGGGCAUUAAAUAUGCCAAAGCUAAUAAAUAGAAGAAAACAAAAUAAAGGCAAAAUACUCGCCACAUAAGAAAUUAUGACGGUAAUGAACAACAUAAGAAGGACUUUUGUUCUCAAUGUUCUGGAUUUUGAAGAGGUUAGUUUCACAGUGAGAAAAUAAAGGUGCCAAAAUGUGUACGUAUUAAUGGUCUGUUUUUCUCAGAUUAAUAAAAUGAAACAAGAGAACAGAGUAUGAGAAAAUCCUUAGAAGCUUCAACACUUCAAAAUUGCAAAGAUUAUAGAAUGUAAAUCAAUUCAAGCAUUGGUACGCUUUCUGUAACUACAUUUUGCUGAAUUACAGUACAUUACACAUUAUUGUGAAGGUAAAUUGAUUUACAGUAUGCAUGUACAGAAUGAAUAUUAUGAAUGUUCAUUCACAUACAUAAUCAUUACCAAGUUAAGAGAGUAUAGCCAUUAUAAUGCUUGAUGGAAUAUAAUUGAACAUCAUUUGGUUCAUUAUGCUGUUUCUUUCUUGUGCUUCUUUGUUCACGGAAUGUGUCGUUAAUAAAGAGCUUUAUGUGAGAGGAGCUGCAUUUUAUGGGUUAAUUUAUUUUAUUAAUUUGUUCACGGUAACUCUAUCUGUUAGUGACAAAAAUACUAAUAUGGUACAAUUUUUUUUUUUUUUUUUUUUUUUUUUUUUAAGAUGCUCCUGGAAAAAACAUAUUCAAUUAUAGUUUAUGCUUCGUUGCAGAACUAUUGAGCCCAAAUAAUUAUUGUUAAAAAAGGUUAUAUGAUUGUUGAAAUCGCCUAAAAUUGUUAACAUUUUCUCGAUUGUAUUCAAAAUGAUUUAUUGUCUAGCAUCAGAAGAAUACCAAAAUUAAUAAGUGAAGGGUGCUCACAUAAAGGCACCAUGAUAGGUACUUUGUGAUUAGCCAGCCACCUUAAAAUGGAUUUCAGUCAGGUCACUUCCCUCUUCAUUUCUGCUAAAUUGUUUGACGUUUAUUGAUUUGUACAAGUGCAAGAUGUAGUGUUUAAAAAAGUCAGAAUAAAUGGUUGAUGACAAACCUUGAAAGAAACUAUCCCAAAUUCCAUGAAUAAAAAUGGAAUGUACAGAAAAGGUAGUGUUGAGGCAUGCUUUGCAGAACCUAAUGUAGAUUUUUGUCAAUUUUUCAAGGCAUUUUAUUGCAUUUUUGCAGGUACUGUAUUGAUAUUUUAAACAGCUGUAACAGAAACUACCCAGUUGCCUUGCAAGCUUCCGGGAUCAUUUACCUCAAACAUUCGGAACACUACCGAAUGUGUUAUUGUCGCGGUUCCGGUGCCUGGCCGAGAGCCAAAACAACCACUCCAGCACGCCUCCCACCUAACAUAGUAAUUUAUAUUGGUUACUUGAAAAAUAAGUAACCUAACACUUUGGCGUGAUGACGUUCAGGCAGUCAUUAAAACAAUACACGCAGUUCGGGUGAUGACGUUAACGACGUCAUCAAUUAAUUUUUGGCUUAUUCUUAUUAGUAAGUACAAUAUAAACAUUGUGAGUGAAAGAGUUUAACAUUGGGUUGUGGGCUCAUGGGGCAACAUCUGGCCUACCUUGCGGUGCGCUGCUGGGCACUCGUCGGGCAAGGCAAAAUAAUUAAAAAGAGUCAGUGUUAUUGAAUUAAAACAUAUAAAUAAAAGAUUACAUAUUAAUUGAUUUAAAGAAAUGCAGGAUAAUUUAUAUUUAGAUGAUAGGGGUUGCAGAAAGGUCCUCUCUCCCUCUCUCUCUCAUCUUCAUUUUUUUUAUUAGAGACAUUAAUAUAUCUUGGACUCAGAGCCAGUGCAACUCGACUCUUUAUCUCCGGAUCAACUAGUUAACGGUUGCAUUAGAGUUGGCUAAGAAUGCUGUCUUGGUUUCAGCUAGCUCCCAGGACCCUGAAAUUCAGAUGAGUUUCAAAACUAAAGUACAUAAACAAAACUACUUAGUACUGUACUGACUAAACUGCUUAUACUCUCUCUAUCUCUCUCUCUUAACAUUUUUGUUCUCAACUUUAGUUAGGUAGUGAGACGAGAUGUGGCACAUUGCUGGAGAAUGAUUUAAACCUGUAUGACAAAUCUUACAUGUACCCAAUGAAGGUUGUGAUAUAUAAAACAUCUCCUUGGUCUUAAGACGUUUACUAACUGUACUUGAGAGUUUUCCUCUAUUACUGUAUGUGACUAGUGCAAAGAUUUGGCUAUACUGUCAGCAAUAAAUGCAUAUCAUUUAUGAUCAGAGCCUUCAGUGAUGUUUCUUUGCUCAUCUUAAUGCAGUUUCUAAUUCCAUUAUAUGAUUUUUUCUCUCCGUUGAUAUUAUGUAGUCUUAUUUCAAGUCAAAGGUAUACACAUUAUAUGUAUCCAUACAUCUGUGGUAACAGUUUUUUCUGGCUGUUCAUAGGAAAUGUUGACUUGUGCAGCUAUAUAUCAGUUAUGUAUAGAAUCUAAAUGUAUUAUAAGUUACUGCAGUACACUCUGGCAAGUGUCUUGUUAGUGUAUGUACAGGUACUGUACACCCUGCCGAAGUGUUUAGUCGAGGUGGUCUGUAGAUACAAUACAAUCUAGCAGGUGUUUUGCUACAAUGACCAUAUAUUGUAUACAAAUAAAUAUAUAUAUAUAUAUAAAUAAAUAUAUAUAUAUAUAUAUAUAUAAAUACAGUAUAUAUAUAAACUUUUAAAUAUGCUGCACACCAUGUCGAGAGUUCUGUGGGGGAGAUCUGCAGCCAUUUUGUGAAAAUGCAGAUAGAUGCUUCCUCAGCCACCACAGGCAGCAUGCAUUCAUCAUCCCCCAAUGUAAUCAAAUGUCAUUUACCAAGUAAGUAAUGCACUGUCAUUAAGUCACCAGAUAGCCCAAAGAAUAUUCUAAUUACUUGGUAACACGGCAUGCUUGGGAAUUUGUGACAUGUAUACUUGCAGGAAAUGGAAAACGUAACUGCAUUGGCCUAUAGAUCCGAGUCGGUUAAAUAACGGAUUUUUCAUGUGGUGGUUGAUGAUAUAACAUGCUGUACUUUAAGUAUCUCUCGGAGUGUCACAAGAUAUGAAUUUCAGGAGGCUGGAAUGUUGUAUUUUUUAUGCUGCUUUGGAAUAUUCUGUGAAUAUUUGAGAAGCUGUAGAAGCCUACCAGAGCCAAUGUUAUUUGUUUUGAACAUUAAAACUGAAAUCUUAA